GGCGCGGCGGCGCGCGCGGGUGACGCAGGGCGGCGGGGCCGGGGAGGCGGCGGGGCCAUGGAAUCCGCGGCCAAGGGCAGCUACGUCCUCGCCAACCUCGCCGAGGUGGUGGAGCGUGUCCUCGGCUUCCUGCCCACCAAGGCGCUGCUGCGCGCCGCCUGCGUGUGCCGGCUGUGGAGGGAGUGCGCCCGGCGGACGCUGCGGGCGCGGCAGCGCAUCGCGUGGGUGUCGGCGCUGGAGCCGGGCCCCGCCGAGAACCACGCGCUGGUGCGGGCGCUGGCGCGCGAGCUGGAGAAGGUGCACGUGCUGCCCCAGACCGUGCUCUACAUCGCUGAUGCAGAGACGUUCAGCGGGCACGAGGAGUGUCACGAGCAAAAGAAAGCCAGGAAAAGAAACAGUAAAGAAACGGCACUCGCGCUUGAAAGGUUGUUGCCAAAGCGAUGUCAGGUUCUUGGACUGGUCACCCCAGGGAUUGUAGUUACCCCGAUGGGUUCAAGUAGCAAUCAGCCUCAAGAGAUUGAAGAGGGCGAAGCUGGGUUUGCUCUGUUGUUUCCCAAAAUUGAUGGGGUGAAAAUUCAUACCUUCCAUUUUUCUAAAGAUGUGAAGAACAGGGUCUUUGAUGAAAGCAAAUUUGCUGAAGCAGGUCUGAAGAAUAACCCAGAUCUCCGUGUUGUUCUUCUGUUUGGCUACAACUCCUGGAAGACUGGAGCUACUCGAUUUCUUCAUCAAAUAGUCAAUCCAUUGAAUGAGAAAAGUAUCAUCCUGGCUGGGGGACAAGUGGAGAGCUUUACAUCACUGACUUCUGAGAAUAACCAUGCCCAGCCUGGUGACGCCUGCGGUGUGGUUGGGUUGGCUUUCAGCGGUCCCCAGAUCCAGAGUGCCACAGUCCUGCUAGACCAGGAUGUGGCUGAUGAGAGGACAGCAGAAGCGGCCAUGCAGCGUCUCAAAGCAGCAAACAUCCCCGAGCACAACACCAUUGGCUUCAUGUUUGCCUGUGUUGGCAGAGGAUAUCGGCAUUACAAAACCAAAAGGAAUAUGGAAGCAGAUGCAUUUAGGAAGUUUUUUCCAAAUGUACCCCUCUUUGGCUUUUUUGGACAUGGGGAAAUAGGAUGUGAUCGAAUAGUUACUGGGAAUUUCGUGUUAAGAGAAUGUAAUGACAUAAAGGAUGACCUGCUUCAUGGUUAUACUACUGUUAUGACUCUUAUUCACCUUGGUUCAACUAAAGCAAACCAAGCAUAAGUAAGGUUUAAUGCUUCAGGGAGCUGUUUGUUUCGUUCCAGGGCUGAGAAGUCUGGAAGAGUGGACAUCUUGCAGUCAAAGCCCCUUCCAAAACAUAGACGUCAUUUUGGUAAUAUUACUGAGUCUUGUAGUUGCAAUAGAGUUUACUGUACUGUCUGUGAGAAAGCAUUGCAUUUUGUGUAAUCCCCUGUACACAUCAGAAUUGCAGGAAAUUAUAUUUGAUGGAAUUCUGCAUUUGAAGAAAGCCUCUUUUCUUCCAAAAUGAAAACGGUUUCUACAGAUUGUAGAAUAUGCUGAAUUGGAAGGGACCCAUCAGGAUCGUUGAGUCCAACUCUUGGCCCUGAACAGGACACCCCAAGAAUCCCACCAAGUGCCUGAGAGUGUUGUCCAAACUCUUCUUGAGCUCAAGCAGGGCUUGGUGCUCUGACCACUUUCCUGGGGAGCCUGUUCCAGUGUCCAGCCACAAUGGGUGGAAAAUUUUUUUCCUGAUAUCCAACCUAAACCUCCCUGACUCAGCUUCAUGCCAUUUCUCAAGUUCUGUCAGUGUUCAUGAGAAUGAAGAGAUAUUGAAGACCACAACAGUCUCCUCCAGGCUGAGCAAACCAAUUGUUCUCAGCCACUCAAGGUUUCCUCUCCAGAGCCUUCACUUCCUCAUGGCACUCCUCUGGAGCCCCUCUAAACUUGAUGUCUUUCUUAUACUGAGGUUCCCAAAAGUGCCCACAGGACUGGAGACUGCCCCAGUGCAGAGCAGAGCAGGACAAUCCCCUCUCUGGUCUGGCUGGUGGUGUUGGGCCUGAUGCCCCCACAUGACUGACCCUCCUGAGUGCCAGGGCACGGCUGGCUCAUACCCAGCGUACCAUGGACCCCAACUCCCUUCCUACAGCUGCUCUCCAGCCUCCUGCCCCCCAGUCCAUACACACAACCAGGAUUGCCCUGUCCCAGCUGCAGCAUCCAGCACUUGCCAUUGUUACAUGUCAUAUGGUUGGUGACUGCCCAUCUCUUUUUGUCAAUGUCUCUGCAGGGCCUCUGUCCUUGAGGGAGUUGACAGCUCCUCCCAAUUUAGUGUCAAUGGCAAACCCAAAUGUAGAAAGAAACAGUACUUUGAUGUGCUCUAUUUAAGUAUGUAAAGCACUCUAGGAAAACUACUCAUGUAUUAAAUCUGUAAUUUCCUGGAUUUUAUUUCUAAAGAGAUGCAGAACUUUCCCAGAGUCCUGUUUAUUAAACUGAACAGUUUUACUAGAUAAAAUCAAUGAAAAUCCUCAGAGAAAAGUAACAAACUACUUGUUAAAUAAAGGUAGGAUAGAAGUAUGUCAAAGUACCUUGCCCUCUAUUCUUAGAGUAAAAGCUCUCAUUUAAAGAGGUUGCCCAGCUAAGAGUUCAGCUGGGCUCACCACUUUGAAUUGAAUUUCAUUUGCUUAACUGUGUGGUUCAGAAUAUAGUGUGAUUACUCUAGCGUGAUUACAGUCUUUUAAAUCCAGAGUACUUAGAAAUAAGUCUUAUCUAUCUUUAAGUUCCUUUAGGAGGUUUUUCUGCUCUUAAAUUUGGAAUUGUGUGAGACACAAGAUCUGGCUAUAUUAUAUUUAUAUAGAGACUUUAAGUGAAACUUGUGCUUCUGCAUGGUUUUCCCUUGCUUUUACAUCAGUCACCUGUUUUGAUUGCUGCAGCUGGCAUGCAGUAUCAAGUAAGUAAAUUCAGCAUAGUCUCAGUAUAGCUAAUAAUAUAUUUGCCACUUUUUACAUUCUUUCCUCCCUUUUACUUUGACUUAGUAAUAGAAUGACAAGAAAAUAAGAUUAAUUUUGUACUAUAUCACCCGAUUUCUAAAUGCUAAAUCAAGCACCUGGCCCAUUUUCAGUGUAGUAAAAAGAAAAUACUUACCUAUAUGUUGUACAACAAAAUAACAAUUUUUGCUUUAAAUGUUACUUAAGGAAGACUUCAGUUAGCAACUUUAUGCCCAUGUCUAGUUAAAACUUUUCCUGAACUUGGCCUAGCAAGCUUUAGUAGGGGUGUAUGUGUCCUGAGCAGUAACUGUUAGUGUCAGUGUGUGUUGAGCACAGACAGCACUUCCCCAUGGCUGUAUUGAUGGUGGGAUAUUGUUUCAAUUGGAAGAUAGUAUGAGCUGUGAACUCCCAGUGGCCAUCUGUGAAUGGAAGAUUAGUAAGUGUGGAUGUGACUUGGACAACAUUUAGUUACUUCAUUUAGAGGGAGAGGUAUCUGGAAGUGGAGUAUGGUUGAAUUUUCAGAGAAGCCCCUUGGUGGGAGGUGACUGUGUUUUAUUUUAACAUAACCAGAAUGUCACAUUUGGCCCUUUAUGUCUGCAUAACCUUCAUGUGUAACAGGACAGAAAGGAAAUGUUUAAUUUCUGUAAUGCAGAUAGGAUUCCUGGUGCUUCCAGCCAUGCUGAGCAGCCUAGGAAGGUUAACUGGCUGCUGUGUUGGAGUAGGUGAAGAGAGAUCAGCCACGUGUCCUCAAUAACAGUGCAGACUCCGCCAGAAGGACGAAGAAGUUGAUGGUGAGCUCAGACAAUGGCACAGCUAAACCAGAAGCCCUGGGGCGGUCUGCAGGGGACAGUCAGCAGGUCCUGUAGCUGAGGAAGCUUCAGAGGUAAACAGCACAGAAAAGGGGGUGGAGGGGUGGGGGGGUCUGCAUCAGAAUCCAGGAAUCCUUCUCUUCAGCAUCAAGAAGUGUGGGGAUGUGCCCAAAACACCCUAGAACCAUGCACGUAGCUGCAACACUACAAUGUCUGUCCCAGGCCACAUCAUGCCUUCCAUGUGACAGGGAAGUGGUGUAAGUGAUAAAAUUGUAACAUCUGUGAUUAAAGUGUUUUGCUAACCAAA